UAUUGUGAAUACCUCAGGCGCUGGUCAGGAUGUUGGACGCAGCUGCAUCCUGGUGUCCAUAGGAGGGAAGAAUGUCAUGUUGGACUGUGGAAUGCACAUGGGAUACAAUGAUGAUAGGAGGUUUCCAGACUUCUCUUACAUUACACAAAAUGGCCGUCUCACAGAGUUUUUGGAUUGCGUUAUCAUCAGCCAUUUCCACCUGGACCACUGUGGAGCUCUGCCUUAUAUGAGUGAAAUGGUUGGCUUUGAUGGCCCCAUUUACAUGACUCAUCCCACAAAGGCCAUCUGCCCCAUCCUCCUGGAAGAUUACAGGAAGAUCACUGUGGACAAGAAAGGGGAAACAAACUUCUUUACCUCCCAAAUGAUUAAAGAUUGCAUGAAGAAAGUGGUGGCUGUCAACCUCCAUCAGACUGUGCAGGUUGAUGAUGAAUUAGAAAUUAAAGCCUACUAUGCCGGACAUGUCUUGGGUGCUGCCAUGUUCCAAAUUAAAGUUGGCUCUGAGUCUGUUGUCUAUACAGGAGAUUAUAACAUGACUCCAGAUCGGCAUUUAGGAGCUGCCUGGAUUGACAAGUGUCGUCCUGACUUACUUAUUAGUGAAUCCACAUAUGCUACAACUAUCAGAGACUCAAAACGUUGUAGAGAGAGAGACUUUUUGAAGAAGGUCCAUGAGACUGUAGAGAAGGGUGGAAAGGUUCUCAUUCCUGUGUUUGCUCUGGGGAGAGCUCAGGAACUCUGCAUUUUGCUGGAGACCUUCUGGGAACGGAUGAACUUGAAAGCCCCAAUUUAUUUCUCUACGGGUCUGACAGAGAAAGCCAACCAUUAUUAUAAGCUCUUCAUUACCUGGACCAAUCAGAAGAUCAGAAAGACUUUUGUACAGAGGAACAUGUUUGAGUUUAAACAUAUCAAGGCCUUUGACCGAGCUUUUGCAGAUAACCCGGGGCCAAUGGUGGUUUUUGCAACUCCUGGAAUGCUGCACGCUGGCCAGUCCUUGCAGAUUUUCCGUAAAUGGGCAGGCAAUGAAAAGAACAUGGUGAUUAUGCCAGGUUACUGUGUGCAGGGCACAGUGGGUCACAAGAUCCUAAGUGGGCAACGCAAGCUGGAGAUGGAAGGGAGACAGACACUGGAGGUGAAGAUGCAGGUAGAGUAUAUGUCCUUCAGUGCCCACGCUGAUGCUAAAGGCAUCAUGCAGCUGAUCCGCCAGGCAGAACCACGAAAUGUGCUACUGGUGCAUGGAGAGGCCAAAAAGAUGGAGUUUCUCAAGCAGAAGAUUGAGCAAGAGUUUCAUAUUCAUUGCUAUAUGCCGUUUAAUGGGGAGACAGCCACUAUUGCCACCAACCCCAACAUUCCUGUUGACAUUUCCCUAGGACUACUGAAGAAAGAGACUGCUCUAAGUCUUGUACCAGAGUGUAAGAAGCCCAGGCUGAUGCAUGGAACCCUUAUCAUGAAAGAUAAUAGCCUUCGUCUGGUGUCCCCAGAACAAGCACUAAAGGAGAUUGGCCUUAGUGAACACCAGCUCAGGUUCACUUGUAGGAUACAUAUUCAGGAUCCACAUAAGGAGCCUGAGACUGUGCUGCGGAUAUACAACCACCUGAAAAGGCAAGUAGGGUGCACAAAUUACAAUGUAAACUAG